GCGUGAACCCAGAGCAAUGCUCACACUGCCCAGAUUCCCACUGCUGGAGGGCCCUACUGCACAUCUGGGGUGACACAUGGGAGCCGCAGCCUGGUUUGAUGGUGGCUUUCAGCUGUGCACAGAGCAAUGAGCUGCACAGCACACCAGGGCCAGUCCAGCAGGUGGCACUCGGAUUGCAUAGUGUUGGGGCUGGACAGCGUGGGGUUGCACAGCUCAGGGAUUCCUGGAAAGGGACGGGAUUGCACAAGGCUGGGAAUCCUAGGAAGGGGCAGGGCUGCGCAGCUGAGGGGCACCUGGCCAUGCUGCUGACAUCGGGCACCGCCUGCACCAACGUGUACCGAAGGGUCUCUGACUGCAUCCUGAAGCUGGGAGAGAGCAUGGCCACAUACGGGGAGGAGGACAGCGUGGAGCUGCAGGGGCUGCACAGGGUCUGUGGGUACUGGGAUGAAUUUCAUGUCUGUGCCCUGACAGCGCUCUGGGAGUGCCAGAAGGAGGCAGCAGCCAUCUGGGAGAUGCUGAGGAAGGAGUCCCGAAAGCUCAAAUUCCAAGGCAGCCUGUUUGACCUCUGCAGCCCCAGCACAGCACAAAGCUUUGCCUGGCCCCGUGUUCCCAACGUGUCAGUCCUUAGCAUCCCCCUCAUCAUCACUUGGCUGAACACAUCUGGAAUCCCGAGUAACUCCUGUGUUGUGUGUAGAUCACUUUUGUAAGGAAAAGGCAAAGAAGAUCUUGGGGAGGAGGUGGGGAGGAUGUGGAUGUCAAGCAACCACAACAAAACCUCUUCAUGGUAAUACUUUUGCUUUGAUGUUUUUCCCAGCAGUAUUUGUAAGCAGCUCAGUGAGUGACUGUGUGUAAUUUUAUCGUAUUAAAUGUUGCUGUGGAGGUUGAAGCUAUUUGUCCUGCCUCCUGUUUGUAGCGCAGUCUCUUCUUGCCUCCUUUGCAGCUCAGAGCAUUGUUAGUUAUGCAGCUUUGGUACAAGCACCGAAAGUAUUUGCAAUAGAGAGGUGCUUGCAUGCAAUUGCUGGGUAUGCUGGAAAAACUUGGUGUUAUUAUGUUACUAUAUAGGAAUAGCAUGCAGCUGUGUGUGUAAGGAGGCCAAAAAAGCUCUGCCCUGCCUUACUGGUGUAGGGGAAGAGGAGCCAUAGAGACCCAGUGUGGCCCAGCCUGGGGUCAGUGCCUCACUAAGGGGAAGCACAGCGAGUCUUGCUUGGUCUUCCUACUGCUUUCAGUACAUGCCCCAUAGAGUACUGCCACUCCUGAAUGGGGAAGGAGCUGGUUUUGAUCACGCUCUGUGUUAGUGCUUAACAGCUGGAUGUGGCUGUGAACUUCAUGUUCUAAUUAAGAGAACCAUCUGUUUUUCAUCAGUGUUUGAAAUGUGUUUAACUAACAGGGUAUUUCAGUCUAACUUACCUAAAUAUGUCACACGUCGCUCUGGCUGUUUUCAGACUGGCCACAUAUCAAGGCACUUGCUUUGUUUUUAGGAUGGGAAUAGUGGUUUGGGGCUUUUAAUGAUGGUUCACGUUCCUUUCCUGGUACUCAUGUC